UGCUCCUCUCAAUCCCAGUCUCCAUAUCAACCUAUUUCUCAAACACACCAUCCUACGAAUACAGCCAAACACACAACCACAAUGUACACCUCAAUCAAGACUCUUGCCGCGGCCAUUGCUCUCCCCCUUGUGGCUGCCCUUCCCCUCAGCCAGCGUACCGAGGCCGUUUUCGACAGCACCAAGCCUUUUACUCUCCACACCGAAGUCGUCAACGGUACCGGUGCCUUCAAUGGACAAUACCUAUCUUCUUUCCACGUCGGUGCUGGUCAGUCGACAAUUGUCGGAAGCAAGAACAGCAGCAUUGCCGUUGGAUGGACUCUCUCAGACUCAAUCCUGCAGCAGCCUUUGGCAAUCAGCGGUGCUCCUGCCGGCUUCGCCUACAACCUCAGUCUUCUCGAGCAAGCUCCCUUCCGCUCUAAUGCUCCCAUUGGCUACGACUACGUCGACCUGAGUGCUUCGGGUAAAGCCACUACCGGCUUCUACUUCAACAAUGCCACUCUCGCUUGGUCCGCCUCAAACUCCACCACUGCUCCUGACUCUUUUGACGGCUGCUUCGCUCUGUGCCACGUCAACGGUACCUCUCCUUACUUCAGCCUUGGCUCUCAAUACCAGCUCUUGUGGAAGAUGAGCAAUGCCACCAGCACCUCCUCCAAUUGUGCUGAUGUCAAGCUGAUUGGAGCCAACAUCGCCGCUUAGAUGUCUCGCUGUUGAGUCUGGAAGUCUUGGAAGGAAGAGCAUCACACGCAUAUUGGGAUACGGACGCAUCAAGCAUUGAGCAUAAUGGCAUAGGGAAACGCACGCAUUGCAUCGAGACCUACGAACACGUCGAUGGGGUUUCGACUCAAACCACCCCACUUACGACUAUAGAUAAAGAUUAAAUGAUAAUGACCACACCUUGUACAACACAACCUUAUC